UUCCUACACGCGCAAGGUGUCACACCGAUAAGUUUUUCUCCCUCUCCUUUUUUUCAUCCUCUUCGCUCGCACUCCACAGAGAUGGUGGGAUUUUACCAUGGCGCCGCUACGCUGCUAUCGCUGGCGCCGAUUUCCGCCCAUCUGAACAUGAAACAGUUCCUGAAGGUGAAUUACUACAAGCUCGGGAUUCUUUACGAUUUGGAUUGCCCGCAAAGUCAAGUCAUCUUGCAUCAGGUCGCCAGUGGCUGGACACCCUUCAACGAGUCCUACUUUUGGCUCAUGACGUCGGAGAGGCUCCCCGUGGAGUUUCUGGAGAGCCUACCGCUCAGCAUCGACGCCGAGGUGACGGUAGCCGUGCCCGGCCAAAACACGACCAACUCGCGUAGAUACGAGCUUUUCGACGCUUACAAGGUGAGCUACAGGCACAGCAACGAGCUGAACGUCACGAGGAUGGGCCAUUGGGACGAGGCCGAGGGCCUGAGGAACACGCUCACGCAGUACAAGUACAAGCGACGCGGUGACUUGCGAGGGAUGCACCUGAAUUUUUCCAUUGUGGUCGACUUUCCACCGAAGACGGUCGACAUGAACACGUACUUGUCAACUCCGAUCGACAGACACCUGGACACCAUGCACCGGUACAACUACGCCCUGACGCUGCAACUGAGGGAUUAUUACAACUUCACGAUGAAUUUGAUGCGCGGCGAGACUUGGGGUUACCUAAUCAACGGGACCUUCAACGGCAUCAUAGGUGACAUGAUGAAGGGAAUAGUCGACGUUGGCGCUACCCCUUUUCAAUUCAAGUCGGAGAGACUCGACGUCAUGGAGUACACCGUUCAGGCUUACGUGGCAAAGGCAGCGAUAAUAUUCAGGCAUCCAAAGAGGCAAGAAUUGAGCAACAGAUUCUUGGAGCCGUUUUCACGGAGGGUGUGGUGGUUGACCGUCGCAGUGGGCUUGUUGAAUUGGAUGCUCCUGUACCUCACCGUCAGAGUCGAAAAAAAGUACGGGAGCCGAGAAUCCCACUCCACUCUGUUCGAUCAGACCGAGUCCGAGACUUUCCUCAUCACGAGCGCGGCCUUAUGCCAGCAAGGUCUGAGCGACACCCCGCAAAUGUAUUCCGGUCGUAUCGUCUACAUGUCCCUCUUCGUCUGGGCUCUGCUGCUCUACCAGUUUUACUCGGCGAGCAUAGUGGGCUCUCUGAUGGCCGAGAAGCCUCGCUUCAUCAGGAACCUCAAGGACCUUGCCUACAGCAACCUCGAGGUUGGAGUUGAAAACAUGCCCUACAAUCACGACUUUUUCAGGGUACGUAUGUAUAUGUGUAUAUAUAUAUGACUACUAAUCACCNCGGGAAAGGAGAUGAGAAAAAGGAGUCGCUCGCGUUUUUGCGCUCAAAUACAUGUGGGUAUAUGUACGGAUACGUUUAGCGAAGAUGAAAUAUGCGAUCUGCAGGAAAUAGAACUUUUUGGCCCAAAGCAUACGGCGACCUGCACGGCAAAACACUCGCCUUUUAAAAAGAUGGUGACCUACGGCUUGAGGCAAGUGGUCGAGCAUGGCAUGACUCGUCGAUUGAACACAGUGUGGAAGCCCAGAAAGCCAGUGUGUCCCGAAAGCCACAACUCAAUUCCCACUCCGGUUUCGUUGAGUGACUUCAGUCCAGUACUUGUCAUGAUUUCAGCAGCUUUUUUCGUCUCCACGUUUAUAAUGCUCGUGGAAAAUCUGGUCGGGAUGUUUGUUCGUGAAAAGUGUUCUCUGCCUUUGUUUUUACACUCUGGUAAGGAGAUUAGCAUAUCGGGGGAAUCAACGGAAAGUAAGAAAGCAAAUGAAUCCGAUGAAUUGAAUCCAUAUCCGCUCAAGUUACUGAACUUAGUAAUGUAA